AGAAUCACUGGACUGUCAUUACUGUAGACACAUGUGCUGGCAGGACUCGCUUUAAAUACAGCCGAUUUCGUCUGCUGGAGAGGAGCACUCAUAGGACUUUAAAACAACAAGAGCAACAUGGCAAUGAAAUCAUUAUUACAACCCAGCCGGAUGGACAGAAGUGGUAGCUUUCUUCAGCUUGUCGAUGCGUUUGCAUUGUCACUGGGUGCAUUGGAGCAGCAAAUGGUUCGUGCUGCGCAGGAAAAAGACAGAGAUCCAGACAGAGAUCCAGACAUUUCUAUGUUCACAGAAGGGAGAGAUGAGCGCUUUGUGUCUACAUUAUCCUGCGGUUGAUGGGGAUGGUACGAGCAUAAGUGUGAGUGUCUUGGACAAACUGAUACACACACACCCCAUCUGGCUUCUGCUUUCCAUCGACCAGCAAGAGGCCUCUGGCAUCCUACUGCAGCAACCAGCUGGGGUGUUUUUAGUGUGGAAAUCAUCUGUCCUCCAAAAGAAGGUCCUGUCAUUCCACAUGGAUGGUAGCUCAGACUCCUCCGUCAUUCACAUCCCUGUAAAGGAGAGCCAGUACACAUUUUCUCUGGAGGGCUCAGGAAUCAGUUUUGCUGACCUUUUUCGUCUUGUGGCCUUUUAUUGUAUCAGCAGAGACAUUCUGCCGUUUACCCUGAAGCUUCCUGAGGCCAUCCACUCAGCUGAGACCCUGUCAGAUCUACAUGAUCUUCCUGAGGCCAUCCACUCAGCUGAGACCCUGUCAGAUCUACAUGAAGUGGCUCAGCAAGGAGCAGGGCAACAACAAGGGACACUCUCUACCCCAGACAGUUCUCUGGUUCAGGACAGACCGCCGAUCUCUCACGGCAGCUGCUCUGAUGUCUUACAGAUAGAGGAUCAAACCUGCACCCCAAUUGGGAAGCUAAAUGUCCCACUACCACUGACCGACACCUGCCCUAAUACCUCAGAAGGUGAAAGAAGUUGCUCCAGCAGUGCUUUGUCUUUUAUCAACCCUGUCUUUCUCAAGACACAGCAAGAUGUCACUGGAAAUUUAGAAACAGUGAUCGCAAAGGGCCCAACAGCCGAAAACGGAAAAUCUCGUCCCCCUCCUCCACCAAGACCACCUCCUCCUCGUAUUUUGGUUCAUAGCCCUACUGCAUCCCCAGGCCCGAAGACUAUGCCUUUGAGUGCUGGCAUUACCAGAAUGAGUCAGAGACACAAUCCUCCACCACGACCUCCACAAGCACCAGACAUUGACAGCUACCGCUGUACCAUUGCGUUAGAUGACGAGAUCAUCUCUAGAGCCCUUUCUCAAGCCAAUACGACUCCUUUAAACCCGACCAGCAGCACCAUCCUGCAGCAAUGGACUGGACCCGAAGAGAAAGGGCGAAGCUCAAAUGGCCGAAGCUUGUCCACUUCCUCAUCGGACUCUCUGGAUUCUCCUCUGCAUCCUCUCCCUUUGGGACUAUCCCAAAGUGUUGGCAAAGGCCUCUCCACGGAUGACAGCAGUGAUGAAUAUGACGACGAUGAUGAGGACGACUAUGGUGUGGGACUUGAAAGGGAUCUGCAUCUCCGCCUUCAUGCUUCCCGCAUUUCAAAGAAACUCCUGACGGUCGAACUAGUGGGAGCGCGUCCAAGAUCGCUUGUUAUCCCACGAGCACUAAGGGGACACUUCCGUAAGGUCCGAGGUGUUUUCAGUGUACUGGCUACACCUGAAAAACGCAUCUUGCUCCGGAUCAUUGAGUUGUCCCAAGACAAAACUUCCUACUUUGGGUGCCUGGUGCAGGACUAUGUGAGCUUUGUGCAGGAGAAUAAAAACUGCCACUCGUCCAGCCAGGAUCUUCUGCAGACCAUCCGGCAGUUCAUGACCCAGAUGAAAGCUUACCUCAAACAGAGGCAACAACGUUCUGGGAAUCUUCUCUCAACAAACAACAACAUCCGGCAGUUCAUGACCCAGAUGAAAGCUUACCUCAAACAGAGUUCGGAAAUGAACCCGCCUAUAGAGUCUUACAUACCCGAGGACCAGAUAGAUCCAAUGUUGGAGAAGGCCAUGCAUAAGUGUGUGCUGAAACCUCUGUACGGCUGCUUGCAGUCAGUGCUGCAUGACUUCCAGGUGGCCGGUGGAGUGUGGCAGAGGCUGCAGGAGAAUCUGGCCCUGGCCAAAGCCAAACAACCUCACGAGCUGGGCGUGAACGGAGCCCGGCCUCCAGAUGCCCACGCCAUCCACAGGAUCCGCCGAAAACUCAGAGCCAUGUGCCGGAUGUACUCACCUGAGAGGAAGAUUAUGGUGCUGUUAAAAGUCUGCAAACUCAUCUACAGUAUUAUGCAAGACCAUGAAGUGCGGAUGUUUGGAGCAGAUGAUUUCCUACCCAUGUUGACAUAUGUGUUGGUCCAGUGUGACAUGCCUCAGUUGGACACUGAGAUCCUGUAUAUGAUGGAGCUUAUAGAUCCCACAUUACUGCAUGGAGAAGGAGGAUAUUACCUCACCAGUGCAUACGGAGCAAUGUCACUGAUUAAGAACUUCCAGGAAGAGCAGGCUGCACGAAUACUCAGCUCUGCAACACGCGGCACACUCCACCAGUGGCACCAGCGUCGCGCACUGCAGAGAAACCUGCCCUCAGUGGACGACUUCCAGAACUACAUGCGAGUGGCUCUGCAGAAGGCAGAUAGCGGCUGCACGGCUAAAACCCUUCAGGUGCAGCCCUACGCCACGACGGAAGAAGUGUGCCGCCUUUGUGCGCUCAAAUUCCGCGUGUCUGAUCCAGAAAACUACGGCCUCUUUCUCUACACGGAUGACAGCAGCCAGCAGUUGGCUGCAGACACACACCCACAGUGGAUAAAGGCAGAGAUACAUAGUCGACCGAACCGUCAACACUUUUACUUUGUCUACAAGUCGAUACCCAACAUGAACUGUUCCACUCCUUCGUCUUGAAUGCAGGACGUUUCCUGAACACUCAAUAGCCGGAAAGUGUUUAAUGAGGGAAUGUGUAUAAAGAUCGUAAAGUGAAAAAGUCUCAUGGACACAGUGGCUCAAAAAAGAAUUAUGUAAUUGGCACUUUACAUGAAUAGAAACGUUCCACUUAAUGAUUGCAGUCAAUUUGUUUAAAAAUGAGAAUACACAAUUUUUAAUUUUUAUAAUUAUUUACUUGUUUUUCUUACUAAAGGGGUCCAAAUGAUGUUAUUUCUUGGGUAUCAGAAUUUCAGGCAAUAUUGUUUUUUUUGUUUUUUGGUAAUGUGGGAGAAAUAAGUAGCAACUGGCUUGCAUGCAAAAUUCAGAAGACUUCUAAAUACAUUUUGGGUUUCAAUAAUGACAAAUAUUUUUAUUUGUAUCAGUUU